AUGCUGCUUUGGAUUCUGUUGCUGGAGACGUCUCUUUGUUUUGCCGCUGGAAACGUUACAGGGGACGUUUGCAAAGAGAAGAUCUGUUCCUGCAAUGAGAUAGAAGGGGACCUACACGUAGACUGUGAAAAAAAGGGCUUUACAAGUCUUCAGCGUUUCACCGCCCCGACUUCCCAGUUUUACCAUCUAUUUCUGCACGGCAAUUCCCUCACUCGACUUUUCCCUAAUGAGUUCGCUAACUUUUAUAAUGCGGUUAGUUUGCACAUGGAAAAUAAUGGGUUGCAUGAAAUCGUUCCUGGGGCUUUUCUGGGGCUGCAGCUGGUGAAAAGGCUGCACAUCAAUAACAACAAGAUCAAAUCUUUUCGAAAGCAGACUUUCCUGGGGCUGGACGAUCUGGAAUACCUCCAGGCUGAUUUUAAUUUAUUACGGGAUAUAGACCCGGGGGCCUUCCAGGACUUGAACAAGCUGGAGGUACUCAUUUUAAACGACAAUCUCAUCAGCACCCUACCUGCCAAUGUGUUCCAAUAUGUGCCCAUCACUCACCUCGACCUCCGGGGAAACAGGCUGAAAACGCUGCCCUACGAGGAGGUCUUGGAGCAAAUCCCUGGCAUUGCCGAGAUCCUGCUAGAGGAUAACCCAUGGGACUGCACUUGUGAUCUGCUCUCCCUGAAAGAAUGGCUCGAAAACAUUCCCAAAAAUGCCCUGAUCGGCCGAGUAGUCUGCGAAGCCCCCACCAGACUGCAGGGCAAAGACCUCAAUGAAACCACUGAACAGGACUUGUGUCCUUUGAAAAACAGAGUGGAUUCUAGUCUCCCGGCUCCCCCUGCCCAAGAAGAGACCUUCGCUCCUGGCCCCCUGCCAACUCCUUUCAAGACAAAUGGGCAAGAAGAUCAUGCCACCCCAGGGUCGGCUCCAAACGGAGGUACAAAGAUCCCAGGCAACUGGCAGAUCAAAAUCAGACCCACGGCAGCGAUAGCUACCGGCAGCGCCAGAAACAAACCCCCAGCCCACGGCUUGCCCUGCCCUGGGGGCUGCAGCUGCGACCACAUCCCAGGGUCGGGUUUAAAGAUGAACUGCAACAACCGGAACGUGAGCAGCUUGGCUGAUUUGAAGCCCAAGCUUUCCAACGUGCAGGAGCUUUUCCUGCGAGAUAACAAGAUCCAUAGCAUCCGAAAGUCGCACUUUGUGGAUUACAAGAAUCUCAUUCUGUUGGAUCUGGGCAACAAUAACAUUGCCACCGUAGAGAACAACACUUUUAAGAAUCUUUUGGACCUCAGGUGGUUGUACAUGGAUAGUAACUACCUUGACACGCUGUCCCGGGAGAAAUUCGCCGGCCUGCAAAACCUUGAGUACCUCAACGUGGAGUACAACGCCAUCCAGCUCAUCCUGCCUGCCACCUUCAACGCCAUGCCCAAACUGAGGAUCCUCAUUCUCAACAACAACUUGCUGAGGUCCCUACCCGUGGACGUGUUUGCUGGGGUCUCGCUCUCUAAACUCAGCCUGCACAACAAUUACUUCAUGUACCUUCCGGUGGCAGGGGUGCUGGACCAGUUAACCUCCAUCAUCCAGAUAGACCUGCACGGAAACCCUUGGGAGUGCUCCUGCACCAUUGUGCCUUUCAAGCAAUGGGCAGAACGCCUGGGUUCCGAAGUGCUGAUGAGCGACCUCAAGUGCGAGACGCCAGUGAACUUCUUUAGGAAGGAUUUCAUGCUGCUGUCCAAUGACGAGAUCUGCCCCCAGCUGUACGCGAGGAUCUCGCCCACGUUAACUUCGCACAGUAAAAACAGCACCGGGUUGGCGGAGACCGGGACACGCUCCAACUCCUACUUAGACACCAGCAGGGUGUCCAUCUCCGUGUUGGUCCCGGGACUGCUGCUGGUGUUUGUCACCUCCGCCUUCACUGUGGUGGGCAUGCUCGUGUUUAUCCUGAGGAAUCGAAAGCGGUCCAAGAGAAGGGACGCCAACUCCUCGGCCUCCGAAAUUAAUUCCCUACAGACAGUCUGUGACUCUUCCUACUGGCACAAUGGGCCUUACAACGCAGAUGGGGCCCACAGAGUGUAUGACUGUGGCUCCCACUCGCUCUCAGACUAA